UACCCGUCCGCCCGUCCGUACCGCUCCGUCCGUACGUUCCCGUCCGUCUGCUCCUCCCAGCCACGCCUCGUAGUCGGACCGUGCGGUCAGCCGCCACACUCGCCCGUCUAUAAGGGUCGACGUCCGCCGGCGGACCGCAUCAGAGGCUGCCCAGACCCGUCGCCAUGAGGAGCCAGGUUCUUUGGAUCGCCGCAGCGCUGCUGGUGGCGGCAGCUCCGCCGUCACUCAGCAAACCGACCGAUGACGCCACAGCGACUGUGGAUGACACAGGGGCCAUCCUCGUCCCAGUCAGCGCUGAGGACAGACUCGACUACAAAAUCGAGAACGACGACGGCACGUACCAGUACGGGUACCAGUCUGGCCGGCUGGAGGAUGCCGGCGGGUACAACUUCAAGCACGAGUUCCGCCGUGAGGAUGGUGUUCUCUUCGGACAGCACGGGUAUCAGCUACCCGGCGGCGAGAGCCAGGCUGUGAACUAUGUGGCCGACGCACGGGGCUACCGGGUGUUGGCCGAGGGUCAGCAGUAUGAGCCCGUGUCGGAGCAGCAGCUGGCCAGACAGCGGGACCUGCUCGGUGACCUGGAGGCCGAGGAGGAGGCCCCGCUGGAGCUCGACCUCAGCCUGCUGGAGAAGAUCAGGAGCACGGAGGAGGUGCUGGUCUCUGCCGACCCUGAUGUCGCCCUGGCGCCGUCCCCCGUCGCCCCCUACUCGGAAAUGGACCCUGACACGGGCGCGUUCCGCUUCGGCUUCCGCUCAGUGGCUGAGGACGGCAGCGUCACCUUCCGCCAGGAGAACCGGCGGCCGAACGGCGUGGUGGUGGGCCAGUACGGGUUCCGCGCCUCGGAUCAGCCCGGCCAGCUCGUCUCGUACGUAUCGGACGCGUUCGGGUACCGCGAGGUGGACCCGGCGGCCGGACCGGUGACGGUGGUGUCCCGCGCACAGGCCCUCGAGCAGCUGCCCGAGGUGCGCAAACAGCUGGAGUCAGAGUCAGAGUCGGAGUCAGAGUCGGAGUCGGAGUCGGGGAUGAGUCAGGUUGAGGUGAAGUCCGAGUCGGCAGCGGCUGAGAGUGACGCGGUGGUGGUAGGUGGCGCCGGCGGUGUGAUCUCAGCGGCUACAGAUGACGCCGUCAUCGUCGGCAGCUCGGAUUAUUCCGUGCUGUUGGACGCGCAGCCCCCUGAGGAGACGGUGGUUGAGCCCGCCGCGCCCCAGCACUUGGCCAGUCCGCCCGUGUACUCAGCUCCUCUGCCGUACCACGCCGCCGCGUACCCGUACUACACCGCUGCCGCACUGCCGUACCACGCCGCCGCGUACCCGUACUUCGCCUCCGCGCUCCCGUACCACGCCGUGUACCCCUACCACGCCGCCGCACACCCGUACCACACUGCAGCGCAGCAGUACCACACCGUGUACCCGUACCACGCCGCCUCGUACCCAUUCCACGCCGCCCUGCCGUACCACGCCGCCGCGUUCCCACAGAUGGGUGAGGUGACGGGGUACCAGUUCCAGACGGUACACGAGCCGGCCGCUCCGCAGCCGCUGUCAGACGGUACCUCGUACCCGUCCCACUCUCCUGCCGCCACCCCGUACCGGUACCAGCCGGCGGCCAGUGUCCGCGCGCGGUACCAGUACCCGGCGCCCGAGAACCCACAGUUCGAGGCGCACCUGUACCCGCCCAUCGUUAGCGAGGACGAGUCCCUCUAAUUCUGCAAGAGAUGGGCAUCUGUUUUUUACGAAGACACCAAUCUCUGAUCCAGGGGCAGUAGAGAUUCACAAGGCAUUAACAUCAAAACUUGAGUUCUCAGCAUGAGCACGAGCACGCACUCUGCAUUUUAUGGGCAUUAACGACGUUCUGACGUUCAAUUAUGUGAUGAAAAUACUCCAUGUUGAGUCACACAAAUAACCGAGAACUCAGGCUAUGUGACAUACACACACAGUAUUUCCUAUCAGGGCAUGCGGAAUGAACUAUCUAUGAUGAUGAGAUUGUUGUGCUGCCUCAAAUGUUUCAUCGUGUUGGUUUUAUACAGGACCCACUUGUUUGGAGCUCAAAGCCUCAUAGCAGCGAUCGUUGACAACAGAAUAGCCGUUUUCACGACGGGCUAUCCGGCGAGUGCACCUAAUUUGACCAAAUCUGCACCUUAUCUCUUUUACAGCAAGUAUCUUUAUUUUAUGAAUUUAUUUCAGUGUUUUAAUCGAUGAUACUCUCUGAUAAUAUGACAAAGCAGGCAUAUAAGCAAAUAGUGCAACCCUAGCUGAUAGCUACUAAGAGACACACUGAAUCUAAUUUGACCAAAUCUGCACCUAAUCUGCACCAGAUGUGUACCAAAUGUGUACCAGAUGGCCGUCGUGAAAACGGCUAAUGUCCAUUGUCAUCGAGCUUCGGUGUUCAACGUAUUGCUCUACUCGUAUGUAUGUUACAACUCCGAAGACAUUGUAUGAGUUCAUGACAUGUGUUGUCAAUUAAGCAGAACAAUAAACAUGUACAUGUUA